AUGUCUGUGCAACGCUCCCCACCAUCAUUACGUCAAUUGGACCCUCCAAUUAAUAUAAUCCACUACAACUCAGAUUCGGCCCUUAAUGUGUCCAAUGCCUCGGAUGGGACUGAUAACUAUUUUAACACUACCAAACGACAGAAGCGUACUUUCGAUGAGGUCAGGGAGCAGCCGGGGUACUCUAAUGAGAUAAAGUCUAUGCUCGAUCAAAUAAUGACUCAACAGGAAACUAAAUUUGAUUUAUUAAAUAACAUUCUCGCCACUGUCAUGACACAGAACCAGGCAAUACAGAAAUCUGUUGAAACUUUAACCAAUAAGCACGAUGCCCUCCUCAUGAAAAUCAGUCAGCUGGAACGAGAAAAUGGCGCAUAUAGGGAGCGAAUAUCGACCUUAGAACGAAAUCUAGACAGCCUAGAAAGGAGUGUACGACGUUCGACGAUAGAAAUCCGUGGGAAGGUAUAUAUUAAAAGAGAAGCUGACUCAGCACCAACUCGUAUUGAAGAAGAAAGUGAUGUCCUGCAGCAUACCAUGUGA